UGACAGCUACAACAUUGAAUUUCACAUCUUGUCAGCUUCUAUAACUGUUACUAGUACCUUACCUUGUUUCGAACUUGCCGGUUCGAAGUAAUCAUGGCGUCUCCUGACCUGGUUGAAGCUAUACAAAAGCUUCAUAUCAGUAAUAAUGGAGACGAUACCAACAUCGAUGACAUAUUAUUCCAACAAGGCCCACGCAAGAAACUGAAGCAGGAUCCAAUCGCUCUUAAAGCAGAGCUUGAGCAAAAAUACCUGACUCCCUCCAAUAAGUUCUCUGUCGAAUGGCUUAACCGUUUGCAGCAGAGAUGGGACUCCCCUACAGAUGUUACUGAGCUAUUUCGUAUGGCACCAACGCAGACCCGAACCAUCACACGUUUCCAACGACAGGGCCUUGAAGGCAGAGUAACCGGAUAUAAGAAUGUCACUAUACCUGCAAAUAGUGCCACUGCGAAGAACUCUACAUCCUUGAUGCGCAAGCCCGGCGGCCGUGCUGACUUUGUGCGAGGAGCUGCCGGUUUCUUCCCCUUUGCGCCUGGUGGCUUGGAUGGAGUCGAGGCUACUGCCGCACUUGAGGAUCAGAUGGUACGUCCUGACGUUGGCGCUAGCAACAAGUUGGAGCGCGUUAUCACACUUGGUGCCGAAGGUGGAAUUCUCGAAAUAGCUCCUGGCAUGGAAAGAGGCAUUUACUUCAACAAGAAGAAAUCCCAGGCCCACGAGAAAGAAGCAAAGGCGACUGAAGAUGAACUUAACCAGGAACCUGAGCAAGGACCCGAGAAUGCGGAUGCCGAUACCCAUGCAACUACUAAUGCCGUCGAGGAAGAGCAAGACGAGGAGAGUGAAGAUAUUGACACGCUCUUGCCAGUCGAGUUCCCAGCCUUGGAACCACAUGGCAAUCUUGCGGUAUCUAGUGCGAGAAAGGCUGGCCGAGAAUGGGCUCACAUGGUAGACAUUAAUAGGGGCAUCCCUAAUUUCAGAGAGCUUGUCCCCGACAUGGCCAGAGAAUGGCCAUUUGAGCUUGACACCUUCCAGAAGGAGGCCAUUUAUCAUCUUGAGAGUGGCGACUCGGUCUUUGUCGCUGCACAUACAUCAGCUGGAAAGACGGUCGUGGCUGAGUAUGCAAUCGCAUUAGCCGUCAGACAUAUGACCAAGGCCAUUUAUACCUCGCCUAUCAAAGCUUUGAGCAACCAGAAAUUCCGCGAUUUCCGACAAACUUUUGACGAAGUUGGUAUCUUAACGGGCGAUGUUCAAAUCAACCCUGAGGCGAGCUGUAUAAUUAUGACUACCGAGAUUCUCAGGAGUAUGCUAUACAGAGGUGCUGAUCUAAUCCGAGACGUGGAAUUUGUCAUUUUUGAUGAGGUUCAUUAUGUCAACGAUUUAGAGCGUGGUGUGGUAUGGGAAGAAGUCAUCAUCAUGCUUCCCGAGCAUGUUUCACUUAUUCUCCUCUCUGCCACUGUUCCCAACACGUACGAAUUUGCCUCAUGGGUUGGUAGGACCAAGAAAAAGGAUAUAUACGUCAUCUCCACGCCAAAACGACCAGUCCCCUUGGAACAUUUCUUAUGGGCCGGCAAGAACAUCCAUAAGAUAGUGGACAGUGAGAAGAGAUUCAUAGAAAAGGGAUGGAAAGAGGCCGAUCAGGCACUGCGUGGAAAAGACAAGGUACUUGCAGCACCAGCUACUAGAGGAGGUAACAAUCAACGAGGAAACCCUAGAGGAGGGCCUCAGCGCGGCGGUCAGCAACGCGGUGGUCAACGCGGAGGUGGCCAGCAGAGGGGCAGGGGAGGACCUCCUAGAGCUGGCCAUGCGCCUGGUCAUAUGGGCCGUGCAGGAAGACCAGGUGGUUUUACCUCAGUUAACCAAGACAAGAACCUCUGGGUUCAUCUUGUACAGUUCUUGAAAAAGAACAAUCUACUGCCCGCUUGCAUAUUCGUCUUUUCCAAGAAGAGAUGCGAAGAGAACGCAGAUGCGUUAAGCAACCAAGACUUUUGCACAGCCCAAGAAAAGAGCCACAUUCAUAUGAUCAUUCAGAGGUCAAUCGCUCGUUUACGACCCGAGGACCGGAUUCUUCCACAGAUAGUCCGUAUGCGUGAGCUUUUGGCUCGGGGUAUUGCCGUGCAUCAUGGUGGCCUCCUGCCGAUUGUCAAGGAAAUCGUUGAGCUCCUGUUUGCCCAGACACUGGUCAAGGUUCUUUUCGCAACGGAAACCUUUGCUAUGGGCCUCAACUUACCAACCAGAACUGUUGUGUUCUCCGGCUACCGAAAGCACGAUGGUCAUUCAUUCCGAAAUCUCCUUCCGGGAGAAUACACUCAGAUGGCUGGCCGAGCUGGCCGUCGCGGACUUGACCCGGUUGGGUCCGUGAUCAUUGUGCCUCCAGGUGGCGGAGAUGAGGCACCGCCCGUAGUCGAUCUACAGAAGAUGAUACUAGAUCCACCUAGCAAGUUGCGAUCUCAGUUCAGAUUGACUUACAACAUGAUUCUGAACCUACUAAGAGUGGAAGCUCUGAAGAUCGAAGAGAUGAUUAAGCGCAGCUUCUCCGAACAUGCCACUCAGCAGUUACUCCCGGAGCAUGAGAAGGCUGUGAGGGUAUCGGAGGCUGAUUUGGCCAAAGUGAAGCGAGAGUCCUGCACAAUCUGCGACGAAUCCCUAGAACAAUGUCACCAAGCUGCGAUGAAUUACAAGCAGUUGACACAGGAACUUUACAAGAGUCUUCUCACUAUACCUAUCGGCAAGAAGCUUUUCACACAGUCACGGCUCAUCGUAUGGAACAAGGAUGGAGUACGAACUCCAGGAAUCCUCUUGUCAACCGGUGUUAGCACCAAGACAGCGAGCGGCCAGCCAACGCUUCACGUGUUUGAGAUCCGAACCGACCGCGAAACUCGCAAUUCAACAGAUCUACUACCUUUUGUCCACACAUUCCGAAAUCUAUUCACGCCUCUUCCCCGUAACAAGAGAAAUAUAUCUGCGAAGCCUGUUCACGUACAACUUAGUGACAUCGAGUGCCUUACCGGCAAAGUCACUACCGGGAUCGUGCCUGACUACUUCGACCAUGGAGAAGGGCGUUCGAGAGCAAGAGACAUCAUGCUGGACAUCUGCAGAACGUGGGAGUCAGAUAUAUGGAAUGAGGUUAGCCUUACCAAGAUCAAGAAUCUGCCGAUACAGGAGAUUAUUGAGAAGCGAAGACAAGAGGAGGCGAUAAUCAAAAAUACCGCGACUACGUUCUGCGGUAAUUUCUUGAAACAUUUCGCAAUGUGCCAUGAUCAGUGGCUUAUUAAGGAGCACAUUUUGUCGCUUCGGUCUGCUCUUGCAGAUCAGAACCUCCAAUUGCUACCAGACUACGAACAACGUAUUCAAGUUCUCAAAGACCUUUCUUUCAUCGACGCCGAUUCCCGCAUCCAGCUCAAGGGCAAGGUAGCUUGCGAAAUCCACUCAGCCGAUGAGUUAGUCCUCACGGAGCUAAUCCUCGACAACGUACUCGCGGAUUACGAACCAGCUGAGAUUGCUGCCCUGCUCUCGGCCUUCGUGUUCCAGGAGAAGACAGAAUCAAUACCAAAUCUAACUGGCAGUUUGGAGCGCGGGAUGAAGACCAUCAUCGAGAUCAGCGAAAAGGUCAACACGGUGCAGACGGAGCACCAGGUGAUCCAAAGUACAGAAGACAGCAACGACUUCGUAUCGCGCCCACGCUUCGGUCUCAUGGAAGUCGUGUACGAGUGGGCACGCGGCAUGAGCUUCAAGAAUAUCACGGAUCUGACGGAUGUGCUGGAGGGCACCAUUGUGAGAACUAUUACGAGACUGGACGAGACGUGUCGGGAGGUCAAGAACGCGGCGAGGAUCAUCGGAGAUCCGGAGCUGUAUCAGAAGAUGCAGACGGCGCAGGAGAUGAUCAAGAGGGAUAUUACGGCUGUGGCUAGCUUGUACAUGUAAGGGGGUUUGACCUUACUUUACUUUAUGUCUACCUGGCGAGGGACAAUUUUGGAACGGGACGGGAAAACGGUAUAUGAGGUAUGUUCGAAGUGGAGUCUCUAAUUCUCUUGUUACAAUGUUUGAAGGCAAGAGUAUCAUCGAGAAGAUAAAAUGGCGCGGCGUAGUAAUGUGGUAACGAUGAUGAUUAAGUACCAAGGUUAGGUGUUAUAACGAUAGUUAGAUCCUAACCUGGUGCUGUUAAAGCUAUUACUUAGGCAUAUUAAAUAUUAAGUAUACCUAGUA